CAUAUAUAUUUUUCUCUUUCUCUGACCUUCAGGAUCUUGAGCGCAUCAACUGUUAGUUCUGAGUGAACAUCUUCAGGAGAAUAUGGCAUCAUCCAACAGGGGUCAAGGUGGAAUUCAACUCUUGCUGGCUGCAGAACAAGAGGCUCAACACAUUGUCAAUGCUGCUAGAAACGCUAAAAUGGCUAGACUGAAACAGGCAAAAGAAGAGGCUGAGAAGGAGAUUGCUGAAUACCGUGCCCACAUGGAAGCAGAGUUCCAGAAAAAAGUCGCAGAGAGCAGUGGUGACUCAGGAUCUAACGUCAAGCGCCUUGAACAAGAAACUGAGGCGAAGAUUCAUCACCUGAAAUUGGAGGCGGCAAGGAUAUCUCAUGAUGUCGUUCACAUGCUACUAAAGCACGCGACAACCAUAAAGAACUAGCCCCUCGUGUAAUCUGGUAUGUGGAAAAAUGUUUUCUAUUUGCGGACCUCAAUCUUCUUUUAUGUGGAACAUCUGAUGAGGGAUCCCUACUCUAUGAUUCAUAUGUCACAUGUCACCGUUGGUUUGGGCUUUGUGCUUGUUCAAAUAAAUGAAGUGUGUACUUGAAACCCCA